AAAAAAAGACUAAAUGAAAACUAAUGUUUCGUUCACAAUACUCUUCAAAAGAUCUACCAUACACUCGUGGCCAGGACAUAGCAGACCAAUAAGAUGAUCUGAUCAUUAUGAUCAUAUAGUUAUUACAUCAUUUACCAGGCACGAAUUAAGAGGAAAGUUAAGGGGAGCUUAUUUAUUGCAACAUGUGACAUUACGCUUAACGUCUUAACUGUGCCGGUAUAUUUUUAAAAUGUCCCGGACAUUCUGCAUUUGUUUCAUAUAAAUUCCACAAUGUUAAUUAUUUAAACAUCCAGUUUAAAUCCCUGUCUCACCCGUAACUGAGACGUGCGGGUGCUCACCAAAAUUGGUUCCUAAUGUUUCUUUAACGUUGGAUUCGGUUGGAUGGAUUAUUAUUUUCGCCAUCGACGGGUCGCGCGUCGCGCGUGCGCAAAAAAGAUGGCAGAUCGACAACAUUGUUUCAAAGAUCAACAGAUCACGGUGAUUUGGUCACCUUGCAUGGCAUAAAUUAAUAUUCUCGUCAAUAUUAAAAACUAAAAAUUAAAAGAUACUGAUAAUAUUUUGUAAAGUUAUUAAAAAUUAUUUCACAAUUAAAAUUAAGGCGAACAAAUGUUAGUAUUUGGGGCAAAUUGUCAUCGAGAAAUAUAAACAUCAACAACACAAUAUGACAUUACCCGGUAUUGGAGUAUUUGGUACAGGAAGUAUUGUCAGGAUUAUUAUUCCUUUCCUGAGGGAAAAGGGCUUUAGAAUUGAAGCUAUUUGGGGACGUACAUUAGCAGAAGUAACAGAAGUUGCAACUGAUCUUGAAAUACCAUUUCACACUAGCCGAGUAGAUGAUGUACUCCUUAGGAAAGAUGUUGAUUUGAUUUUCAUUAUGUGCUCUCCUAGUUUGCAUGCACAAAUUGCAGUAAAAGCGUUAGGAAUAGGAAAACAUGUUGUGUGUGACAAACCUGCUGGUUUGAGCCAAAGCGAAGCAUUAAAAAUGGUUCGAGCUGCACAAUAUUAUCCUUCCCUGAUAAGUAUUGUCAAUCACAGCUUAAGAUUCCUACCUGCAUUUGUCCAUAUGAGAAAAGCUCUAGAGGAAGGAUAUUUGAACGGUCUGGUAACUGUAAUCGAAGUUAGAGUACAUAUGGGUAGUUUAUUACAUAAUGGAUACGACUGGUUGUGCGAUGAUACAAUGGGAGGAGGAAUUUUAGCAUUAGUAGGAAGUCAUGUAAUAGACUUGAUUUUUCAUUUAAUGGGCCAACGUGCAUCAAGAGUGCAUGCAGUAGUUCGUACUUUCACUCAAACUACAAGCCAUAUAAAUGGAAUAAGACACGUUACUUCACCAGAUUUUUGUAGCUUUCAAAUGGAAUUGAGUAGCGGUACUUUGGUAACAGCAACUUUAAGCAAUCAUUUACAAGGUCAGCUUUCCCAAGAGGUAUUAAUAUGCGGAGGCGGUAAUCAUCUCCUAGCGCGCGGUGGAGAUUUGUAUGGUUAUCGCAAAGGGCAAGAAGAAAUGUUAUACCAUGACACAGAUGAUCUACAAGACGUAUCAUUUCCUAUUACCGAAUCUAUUCCAAGACCAUACGUCAAAGGGCUAAGAAAUAUGAUCGCUGCACUGAGAGAAGCAUUUCAAUCUGUUGAAGAUAAAAAAGGUUGGAUAAAAGAGCCAGUAUUUUCAGCAUCAACUUUCGAAGAUGGUUUGUAUGUACAAGCUGUUAUUGAUGCAUUGCGACAAAGUAACAAACGACGAGAAUGGGUGAAAGUUAAUAUUUUAACAGAAGAACCAGACCCAAAUCCUUUAUUGAGUGCAGCUGUUAGAGCUACAGCUAUAUCAAUAUAAAGUACAUACAAUGUAAAGAUUGUUUUUAUACUAAAUGAUAAUGACACGUUAACGUAAAACAUGUAAUUAUUAAUCACAAAUCUUAUCAACAAGGCAGCUCUAAAUAUAAAUUAAUAUGUACGUUAAGUUUAGAUCUCAACUUUUUAUUUCACUUCAUACACAAAAGAUACACGGAUUAUAUUGUAAAUAU